UGGCGGCCGGCAGUGUUGAACUCACCGCUGGCGGGUGAGGCGGCACGCAGGCGUGCUCCGUGUGGGUAGGUGAUAGGACCGGGCCGGGACCGAGAGAGGAGCAGCGAGGGGAGGACAAUGGCUGCAGGAUCACUUCAAAAGGUGGCGCUGCUGCUGCUGCUGACGCUGUCCGCCGUCUCCGCCGAGCUGGGCAGGCCGUGUCUGCGGAACCGCGACUGCUCAGAUACUCAGAACAGCCGCUGCUGGCGGCGACGUUGCGUCUGCGAGCAGUUCCACGUGCAGCUCAACAGCACCACCUGUCUGCCACCGUCUCUGCUGGGCUUUCCGUGUGUGAAGGACUCGCAGUGCCGCUCCCGGGUGAAGAACAGCGCCUGUAUCCGGAACGCCUGCCGAUGCGGCGCAGGCUUCUCCACCUACAAACGGCACGCGUGCCUGGCACCGGCCAAGCUGUCGGAGCUCUGCCACACGGAGGAGCAGUGCCAGCUGGCCACCCCGGGCAGCACGUGCAGUUUCCGGAUCCCGCGGGUCCUCGGCCGGUGCCAGUGUCCGGACGGGGCGCUCCCGGUUGGAUCCAAAUGCGCCCGAGCCGCCAUCAAGCUCGGCAGUCCGUGUCAACUUCCCACCGAGUGCGGCGCCAUCGCCCACGCCCAGUGCACCCGGCACCCGGACGCACCCAGCACGUGCCAGUGUGCACCGGGCUUUACAGAAUCCAACGACCUGACCUUCUGCCGGCCGCUGUACAAAGAGUCGCCGGCGCUGCCUGCAGCGCUGGGUCAGCCGUGUGUGGCCUCAGCCGAGUGCCGGGCGGCCGAUCCCAACUCCAGCUGCCGCGGGGGACGCUGUGAGUGCGACCUGCCCUCCAAAGACUGCAGCGCCGACAACUUUGGCUGCUUCAACGAUACCUUCCAGUGCCGCUCCACGGGCCGCUGUAUCAGCUGGUACUUCGUCUGUGACGGCCGCCGGCACUGCCAGGACGGCUCUGACGAGCUGCUCUGCCGACCAACGCCCGGGGCGCCGGCGCUGGCGCCCGGGGCGCCCUCCGGUUGUCCGCCGCUAACGCACGCGUGCGCCAAUGGCGCCCAGUGCGUCAGCAGAGCGCACGUCUGUGACGGCGAGCGUCACUGUGAGGACGGCAGUGACGAGCGCGGCUGCCGGGGGACGGCAGAGUCGCUGGUGAACCUGCUACUGCCGCAGAAUGGCUGUCCGGCCGGAACGCUGCAGUGCGGCUCGGGGGUCUGUCGGCCGGCCUCCUCGUUCUGUAACGCGCUGCUCGACUGCGGGGACGGCUCGGACGAGCCGCACGCCGCCUGCGUGCUCGGCCGGCUGGACGCUCCGUGUCCGCACCGCUGCGAGAACGGCCGCUGCCGCUCCACAGCAGUUCUCUGCUCAGGCCGAGACGGCUGUGGCGACGGGUCGGACGAGACCCAGUGUCAUACCUGCAAGUGUCCCAGCUUUACUGUGAAGGAGCCAAGUAGCAAGCCAUACAAGUUCUAUGGAUAAGACUCCAGACUGCAGGGAGACUCGUGAUAAAUCGUACUCUACAUCUUUCAUAAUUGUCAGUGAUCAUCAGACUGUGUAUUUCUAACAUCACUUUCAUCAUGUGUGUCUUAUGUCUUAGUCCCGAUAUGUUUGCUUAUCGAGAUAGGUAAGUACUUUAACGUGUCUUGUUCUCCCUUCUUCUAAUUGGGUUUCGUAUGUGAUUCCGACAUAACUGUAAGGUUUUAAAUGAGCUAAUCGGUUUCCCGCGCCGUAAUGUAAUCAUUCAUUUGAUGUCAGUUUUAGUCAGCACAGCUGUACUCCUGUGACCAUGCUCGCUCAUUGUCUGUCGCGAUGACAUCCUGAACCU